AUGCCGACUGUAUCUGGUAAACGAGAAGAACUGUACGGGAAGGCCAGAACUUUCCAGGCGGAGACUAUGAAAGCCAACCUGACAAAGUCGGUGGUAUUACAAGAUGGCGACUAUAACAUGACUAAUAACCAAUUAAAACAAGGAGUUUGGAAUACCAGUGCUGCUACAGAUUUUACCGGACAAUCAUUAGCAGAGGGAUGCAAGAGCGUUCCAAAAACACAGUUGGACCACCAUUUUGAACUGGCUGCAAACGAACCAGUAGAAUCAUCUAACUACCAAACUAGUCUCUCUCAUGCCGAUUUUAACAGUAAAGACGGUCAUGUACGAGCUGUACCUUGUGAAAUAGAUAGAACAGUUAACUGGCCCGAUAUGGCACCUCAAUAUAUUGGAGAACAGAAUUUAGGAAAAUCAGAAUAUUAUAAUCAGUAUAUGAACACGGAAGGGAGUCUCAAUGCCCCGGUCUAUCCUAAAGUCAAUACGUCUAAAAUGCAGCUUCCUCUGGAUCCCGAGAUCUUCCACAAACAACGAAACACCAGUAUAGUUCUUGGUACAGAUAAACCUGGUAAAUUAUCCAGCGAGCACCAGAGUAGUUACCACGAGAAUUAUUUAAAAUCUCGAGUUCCACUUUCAGUACCCAGUAAUAACCUGUCCUCAGAGAAAAACUCGUCACACGUUUUCAGAGCCGGAGACUACGACAAUAUCUGCGGCGAUUUUAAAACAAACAAUAUGACUGAUUAUGGCCCCAGAACGAGAGCGCCGGGUGAACAUGUCACAUUCAAUUUAAAACAAAAAGAAGAUCCUACUAUGAAACUUGACAUUGAAGAAAACUUACUGUCGAAAUAUGCCCAGGAAAAUACUGUUCCUCGAGUCCGAGAAGAUGCUAAGGGAAGUCGAUUAGACCAGGAAAAUGCUCACUUUCAAUUCGGUGCAGAUGAAAGGACUACCGAAUCUCUGUAUUCUAAAGACUUUCUACUAGCUGCUAAACAACCUAGAGCUCGACCACAGUUUUAUAAAACACCUUCAGCAGGCAAGGUUAUCCAAAACGAUCCCGUAUUUUCUAAUUUCGGUAAAACAACACAUAGUGUUGACUUCUCUCAAAAACCUGUCGAAGAAAAAUUGCAAUGGAAUGGUAAAACAGAAGCUGUUAACAAUAUGGAGAAGAGAGACGGUAACAAUGUUAACUUCUAUACUGAAGAUCACAGGCCAACCCCAGACAGACAGAUUUCAUUAGCUCAUGGUGACUACAAGAAACCGCCACCAUCAUGGCGGCCAAUGAAACCACAGAGGGCGCCACCAGUCCAGUUUGAUUUCCUCAAGGCCAACGACGCUCUACCUUAUUCUGGUAAAGGUACACGAGACACAGAAGCUAGAUCGACAUUUAAUGGCACGUUAAUGUCAGGAAUUGACGCUCUACAGAGAUUAAAAUCUAAAGAGUUUAAUAUCAGAAAAGGUGUGGAGUUAAACAGAGACACCCAUUUUACUGUGGGGGUACCCAAUCUCACCCCUGAUCUCACCACAGAAAACAGAGCCCGAUAUACAGGUCACCAAGAACUCCACCAGAUGAGACCAGCAGGAACAACUGAAAUAAUUCCUGAAAAGAAAUUCAGCCAUUUGUCAAUCAGUCAGAAUACACAAGACUACAGACCGAACGAUCCUUAUGUUAGAAAUACCAAGGAAUCUCUGAGAGCCAGGAAUCUGUAUCGAAGUGAGAUCUUCGAGAGUAACCAGUCGCCAUUUGAAACUUCUGUUAUGAGAUCUGAUUAUGUCCCUUUGAACACAAGAAGAUAUACUGAAGAUCAACUGAGACGAAUUGAUCAAGUGAAUACAAUUUUCUCAGAACCUUUAGAAAAAUCUCAUCUAUUUCACACAGUACCUAAGUCCAAGUCCACUAUGAUGACAACAGCCAUGACAGAUUAUAUCAAACCCGAAAACAUGAAUGAGGUAACACAGAAUAUAAUUUAG